GCGAGCCGGGGUUGGGAGGUUGGUGAGGACGGAGAGCGCGGGGCCUAGCUCCUUGCCAAUUCAGCGAUGAUCGGGCAACCCUCGGUACACAGAUCUAUUUCGCUCGUUCCCCAACACCCCAGGAAUACCGCGCAUUAUCACUAGCAGUGAGAUGGCAACAGUCUGCCUCGACAACCAGGUCUUUUACAACCCCCCUGUGGCGGCAGGCCCUUGCCCUGUGAAUCGCGGGCUUCUCCUUCGGAAGGGGGAACCCUGCUCCUUUCCUUCCGCCGCCGCCACAACAGGAUGCGCAUGAUUCUCGACAUGGUGGUGCAGGGAAGUCGCAGAACAAUGGGAUCUUGAUCCGUGAUAGCGAGUCCGAUGACGAUUCUGACGAUGGCCGAUCCGACAUGUCUUUCGCGUCGCUUGACGAGCUCGUCGCGGCUGCAUCCAAGAAGCUUGAUUCCAGCGGUGUUGCUAGUGCAGGCGAAAGUCGCGACACUGUUCCCGACGAUAUCGACGUAUCAAAGCCUUCGGUCACCAGUGAGCCUGGCCCAGACGAUGAGGUUGCAGACGAGCAGCAACAGAGAGAUAGCCUAGGGCCUUCUCCAGAGACGUUGUCUGACUCUCCCCGGCCGUCCGAAAAACCGUGCGGAACGACGUCGAAUCACGACGGUUCCAUAUGCCUUGGCAGCGAAGAAUGGAAUAGGCCGUUCCCAUUUUCCUUUGCGGUGAUCCGGCAGAAACGUGCCGCUCAGUCGCAAUCCAUGUUGGACCCUCAUAGUCCACGCCUAGCUGCCUCUGGUCCCGGGUUUGAGUCACAGCAGCAAUCCGAUGGGCAUUGCCUUUCUCAGCACUGUGAUCGCUGCGGCGACAGCAGUCAGAAGGGCAGCCCAGAGCACCAUCAUCUGAUCCCAGAUGACAGCGAAGAGCGGGCACGAACACCCACACUGUCGGAUGACAAAGAGUACCACUGA